AUGUUUUACAGUAAUCAAAUCUUAACCAGCACCCAAUAUGGCGUUUCCACCAUCUGGCUCAUCGCCACCGUUGGGAAAUCGAAUCAAAAGCGCGUUACAAAGAGAGCCAUCCAAGAUGUCAAUGUCCCCCGUGCAUGCGACAAGAUCCUCGAUCCUGGGGCGCCUCUGGCCCUGCGCCUCCAAGGCAACCUCUUGUAUGGCGUUUCGCGCGUCUUUGCCGACCAGUGCGGCUACCUCCUCUCCGAUACCGAAAAGACGCAGAGCGACAUGAUGACUUUUUUCCGCGCCAUAAAGGGGAGCCACCUCGAUCUGCCAGACACCAGGACCAAGCGCGUGAACAUCACUCUGCAAGACGACCCCAACUUUGACCCCAUGAGCCAGCUCCCGCCGCUCGACCUCAACAUCAUCGACGCCGCCUGGCUUGCCAUCCCCAGCCAAGACUCCGCCACCAAGCUCUCACAGAUGUCGCCUCUCCAAGCAUACGCCAGCCGGCGCGGCUCCGCCAAGACCCGCCCUACGCCACUGAUCAACCUCGAGCUCCCGCCGUCCUCGCACUCGCCGGCAAGCUACCGCCUGGCGUCGCAUCUCGGCCAGAGCAGCUCCCCGUACGCCAAGCUCGGCCCGUGGGACAACGACGACCUCGGCAGCGGCGGGCUUGCGUUGUUUCCCACCCAAGAGGACGAGUUUGACGCCAUUGCGGGCAUUGGCCUCGACUUUGACGGCGACGGCAACUUGAUCGGGGCCGCUGAGGAGGAGCCGGAGCUGCCCCCGUACUUUGGCGACAUGCCCUCCAACAUCUCCAUGCCCGCUUCCGGCGCGCAACCACCGGAUGACGUUGUGAUGAUGAUGGACGAGGAGCAGGCACUUCCCGACGCAGAAGCCUUUCCAGGACCAAUCGCCACUGCCGCCGCUCAGACAACCGAGCGCGUCAUCGUCUCUGAAGAAAACGGCACCAUCACCACAUCAGAAGUAGUGGAAGAGGCUGCGGCACCAGCCAGGCGCCGCCGCGCCGUCAGGCCCCUCGUCCCCAUGAUGGACGAAGAGACGGUGCUCCCACGCAGCCAGCAAAAGCACUGGCUGCACAACUAUGCCGACAUCAUGACCGCCGCGGCCCAGUCCCGGGAUGGCAGCAGAGGCACCGCGCCCGCGCAGGCCAAAAGAAACGCGCUCGCCUUUGUCCUGCACAACGGACUCGCCGACGUCGGGCGCGCGUCCCGCACGAGCGGCGUGACGCAUCCCCUUGCCGCCGCGUUUAGCGGCUGGAAUGUGCUCUCCCAGCUGCACCCCGACGCCUUUGGCCAGCCAGCGCCUGAGACGCCUCACCGGGCCGCACGCCGCCGCACGUCCGAAGAGGCCUUCGCGGACGAGGCGGCGGCUGCUGCUCUGGAGCGGAACGUCCGCCCCCGACACGACGAACCUGCCGAAACGGGCCGCGGCGGCCUACAAGCUGAUGAGAUGCCGCCUCCGCCUCCGCCGAUGCUGCCUGGCCAGGACGACUCGUACUUUGAAAUGGGCAUGGACGCGCUCCCCGCCAUGGAUGACCACCACUCGUCCUCCAUCAUGCCCUGGAGCCGUACCGGCUCUGUCGCACCAGGCUCGUCCCUCCGCGGCGGCAGCGCACAGAAAGCCACCACCGCACCGAGCCCGCUGUUCCACAAGCACGCGCACCACCACCAGCUCGCCGGCCUCGACCGGCACAGCGAUCCCGCCACGCCGUCCCACGUGGUGCUGGACCUCUCCGGCCGCGGCAAACUCGACUCCUCCUCCAUGGACGACAUGGACCCCGUGCUGGACUUGGACGACGCCGCGUACGCCGGCCUGGACGAUGCCACCCGAGCGUUUCUCGACUACGCCUCCAAGCGCGCCGUGGUGCAAGGCGACGAUGACGAGGCGGGCAGCCAUCGCUGGGUCGACUUUGAGGAAAUUGCCCGCCCGCGCAGGCACGACGGGGCGGUCGCGGCGCAGGCCUUUUUGCACGUGUUGGCGCUUGUCACGCAUGGUGUGGUGAGGGUCCGCCAGGACAACAACGAGCAGGGCACGCAGCCGUUUGGCGCCAUUCACGUGGGUAUUGACCUCUCCCUGGGCGGGGAGGUUGAAUAA